AUGUCUUCAAGGGGGAGUAAUACGCCGAAGAGGAAGCAUGUGACCCUUUCUGUGAACCAGAAACUGGAACUUAUAAGGAAGUUAGAGGCCAGUGCUUCGGUGUCUAGAGUUUGUGACGAGUAUGGUGUUAAAAAGCAAAUAGUUUCGCAUAUACGCAGGGCUAAGGACAAACUCACUGCAUUUUCUUUGAAAUAUACUGUUGAUGCAAAUUCUAAAUCAUCAUCUGUUGGUGCAAGGAAGCGCAUGAGAGUGGCAAAAGAUACAAAUCUUGAGGAAGCAGUGACGAAGUGGUUUAUGCAGCAACGAUCCUGUGGUAAUGUCAUCCGUGGUGUAGAAAUUCAAGCUGCUGCUGCUAAUUUAGCACGUCAUAUGGGCACCGAGAAUUUUGAAGCUAGUGACGGGUGGUUACGGCGAUUUAGAAAUCGCCAUGGAAUGUGUAAUAAAAUUACUCAUGCUUGGAAAAAACUUCUUUACAAUGUGGAGGUAGAGUAUGAUUUCGAAGGAUUCGAGGCAAGGGACUUUCAUCGUAUCCUUCAGAGGGCAGGCAAAAAUUAUGUCACAAAAGACGACAUCAGAAACUGGCUAGAAGACACAGAGGGUGACCCUGGAUACCAAGUCUUAACAGAAGAAGAAAUAGCAGAUGAAGUUCUCGUUGGUGACAGCAGAGAUAGUGAAGAUGAGGAAGACGACGAACCAUUGCCCAAGAAACCCAAACUCUGUUAUACGAGAAUCCCUUGA